GGAUGCUGGAGGAACCUGGAUGUGAGGGAUUUGGGCUGUCAACUCUUUCCAGCCUGCCCUCAGUCUGAGCUGUUUCAUAAUCCCAACAUAACUUGGCUCAUACAGCAGAUCUGAUUUUGUGUGCUGCUACUAAGGGAAAGGGACUCCCAGUCUCCCUCAACUGCCACACUUGCCUUUGCUUGGAAAUGGAGUUUUUCAGCACGUACCAUGGAACUUUCCUCCUCGUCAUACCCCUUCUGUCACGAGACUUGGUGUCACCCCCAACAGACAAAGCGUGUAGCUUUUCUCCACCCAUCCACCGCGGAAGGGAAAGCUGCACAGGCGUUUUGUCUUCCUCUUGCUGCCACAACCUGUAGUGAAUAUUCGGGUGCAGAGAACCCCUCUGAGUGCAUUGGAGUUGAUGGAUGCUUUGCAGUGCCUGUCACUCACCCUCCUCCUCCUCCAUCAAGCAAGCAAGUUGUAACAGGCAGAGAUGGUGGCUCUGCCCUGGACCCUUCCCUGCAUCCUUGAUGAGGGUUUUGCUGCCAAAUGAGCCCCUCAGCUGUUUUAUCUACUGUUCCAGCAGAAUUUCCUUCAACUUUAUCUCCCCAGCCAGUUUUUCCUUCUCUGUGGCCAGAGAUGCCUGUUCUUGUUGUCCUGGGGGCAUCCGGGCAGGGGGGGACCAGAAAGGCAGAACCCCUGGGAGAGGUGACAGCCGCAGGGUCUGGCUGAGCCAGGAUCAGUUUCCUUUCCAGGAACUGGGGAGAAAAACUCCAUCCCCCACCCAAACAGGGAGGAACUGCUUUAUUUGAAAUGGGAAGUAUCCAAAAUAAGAGAUAAAUGUCUUCCUCUUUCUCUGAAGAAGGGAGAAGAAGCUGCAUAUUUGGGGAAGAAGUCCCCUAUUUUCUUGCCUCCUCAUGGAGGUGAGCUCUGCUGGGAGGACAGGCUGAGAGAGCUGGGGUGUUCAGCCUGGAGAAGAGAAGCUCUGGGGAGACCUUCGUACGGCCUUUCUGUACUUAUAAGAAAUAUAGGGACAGAUUUUUUUAGUAGGAUCUAUUGCAAUAGGACAAAGGGUGAUGAUUUUAAACUAAAGGAGGGGAGAUUCAGGCUGGACAUGAAGAAGAAAUUGUUCCCACUGAGGGUGGUGAGACCCUGACCCAGGUUGCCCAGAGAGUUGGUGGAUGCCCCAUCCCUGGAGACAUCUCAAGCCAGGCUGGACGGGGCUCUGAGCAACCUGAGCUGGGCGAAGAUGCUCAUGGCAGGGGUUGGACUGGAUGAGCUUUGAAGGUGCCUUCCAACCAAAACCAUUUUAUGAUUCUGACUUUACCGACAGCUGAGUAGAGGUGCUUUGUGAGAGAGCAUGUGGGGCUCUGGCCUCUGUAGAUCAGACUGUCCAUGGCAUCAUGCUGUGUGAUUGCAGUGGAACCAGGCUCUUUUUAGCUGAGGACCCUUCCCCAAGCCCUCCUGCCUUCUCCACUAGCCAGCCCCAAGCUUGGCUUCUCUCCUUAGUAUGCUCCAGUGUCAGGGCUGAGGUGACCAGGGCUGUGGGCAGGUCCGUCACCUUCCACCUCCAGAACCUGGAUGGAAACACCGUAGCCUGGAGCUUUCACCACGAUGUCAUAGUGGCCGUGAAAUUUGGCAGUCCUCCCGAAGCUCUGUUUUUUGAUGACAAGUACAAGCCACGCUUGGCCUUCCCCAAGAACGGCAGCGCUCUCACCAUCUCCCAGCUGAGGAUGGGCGACGCUGGUACCUACACUGCAAAGACCACCACGGGGGCAAAAACCACCUUCACUCUACACGUGUACAGAGAGCUAGUGGUGCUGACAGUGACCUGCGCGGUGCAGAACUGCUCAGCCAACAGCUGCCGCUACGCCUUGCGCUGCACUGCAUUGGGGUCUGGCUAUGGCAAUGUCUCCUACGGCUGGAGCCUGGGAGGGUUGUGGAGCGAGGGGCCCACGAUACUGGUGGAGGAGUCACCCCCAGACAAGCUGCUGCUCACGUGCAUGGCACAAAACCCCGUUAGCAGCCACAACACCACCGUGGUCUCACCUGCUGCCCUCUGCUCAGAAAACACAACCCACCCUCCCAUCACUGGCACCUACUCCAGCAGGCAGGCUGGAAUCGUGGCCACAGCGGUGACCGGAGUGGGAGUGCUUUUAGCAGUGGUUAUCUUCUUGAUCUACUGUAAAUCCAAAGGCUGGAAGAACUUCCAUUUGCCUGCAGUCGAGGCUACGAACACAGAUGCUGGAGCAGGGUACUUGACAGUGUACGCCCAAGUCGGCCCUUACCAGGAGGUGCACCUGUGGAGUUGCUCUAAAGCACAGCAAGACAACUCAAAGCGGACUCUGGCCUCUGGUGUAGAGACCUCCAAAACCAUCUAUUCCACCAUCCAGGCUCUGGCCCAGUUGCAGACAGAUGAUGAGAAGAUGAGCAACAGCAUGCUGGGGUGCCAGAAGCAGGAUGAGAAAAGCCCCUACUCGUCAGUCUGCUAACCAGAUCCUGCAGCACAGCCCUGGCACAGCUCCAGUGCACCCGUCAGCCUGCUCUGAACACGGUGUUCUGCUCCGCUGGGUCCCAGCCUAUGGGACUGCAGCAUCCUCCCGCUUCCCUCCCUAUGGCUGAUGUCCCUGUUUUGCUUGCUGGCAGUGGUCCUUGACCAUUGAUGUAAGGAUGGAAGUGCAGGCUUGUCUGGCAUAGAAGCUUUACCAGUGUUUUGGCAUCCCCAUGGGGUCUGGGCUCAUUUUUCUGCCCUCUCUGACCAGACCAAGGAACAUGGACCAAAAAUGUGGUUGCAAACCCAGCCCUCUCAGUGCAAGGACAUGAGCCGAUGCUCCUGCAAUUCGCUCUGCAGCACCUUGCACUGCGGAGCCUCCAGACAAGAGGACAGCAAAACUUGAGGAGCUUCUUAAAGUCCUUUUAAAUAACCUUCUUUUUGCUAUACUUUUAAACUUGGUAAAUACUUUGACUCCUGUGGUUGCUAAACCAAGAGAAAGCAAAAAUAACACUUGGUGGCAGAAAGCUGCAGAAGGAAACACGUGCCUUUGCUCUGGCACACACACACGGCUGCUGCGGUUUUGGUGCUGCCGGCUGCUUCCUCAGUGCUUGAUGAUGCUUCCCUGGUGCUCAUUGCUUCUGGGCCUGCCAUGGACCUUCGGAACCUCGCAGCCCUGCACCAUGCUUCAGCAUCACUUUAUGCUGUGAAUGCACUUGUGGUCCUCGGGGAUGCUGCAGGGCCACUCUGGAGUCUGGGGACAGGAGGUGGUCCAGGCUCAGGGGAAAGCAGGACAAGGAAUGUGGCUGGUGCCAUGCUUCUCCAUUCCUUUGAUGUGUUUGUAUAUGAGGCCUUUAUUCUUGGAUGAAAUAUUUGGAUGUGAAGUGCUGUGGCUGCAGUGAGGUGGCUUCCCAGCAGACCUUAAGGGAGGAGAGCAGGUCUCUGAGCCCUGAGUGAUGCAGAGAUGCUGCACAGGGUGGUCGUGGCUGCGUACCAGCAGGAUCUGCCUGGGUUCACUCUGAGCUGGUGCCCACAGGGACCUGGGUUCCCGGACACUUCCCCACCCACCCUUCUCCCCUGUCCUGCCCAGACCAGUCAACUGAUGAAAACACACACAUUGGCAUCAAUUUUCCGGCGCUGACAGACAGACAGAUGCUGCCCAAGUGGUGAUGCCUCUUCCCGUGCAUGCUGCUUCCCCUUGCUCUCUGUCUUGUCUGUGCAGAUAGUAAAUUAUUCAGGGGUGAAACCAGAGAUUUCUUUGAAGUGCCUGGCACAGGAGACCCCUCUAGGAGCUACUGGAAUAAAAAUGCAAGAUGCAUCUGA